AUGUUUAUUCUAGGAAAGCUAUUCUUCCUGGCCCUCCUGGCCUUAGCUCACGGAAUGCCCUGGGACGAGAAUGUUCCUAAGAUCGUAGAAUUGGAUUUUAAUAACCAAGAGAGACGAGUGCCCGAUGAACGGUGUCCUACAAGCCAGUCACACUACCUCGUUCCGCAUGAAUACGACUGCACUAAGUUUUACUACUGUGAAUACGGUAUGAGAUGGGAGACAGCAAGAGACUGCGCCUUGGGGACCGAGUUCUCCUGCACCCUUCAAGUUUGCAUCCAUCCCACACUGGCAAAUUGUACACUACCCGGAUCACCGCCGCCCCCUACAGAAGAAACUACGACAAGCAACGCUCCAACUACAACGUCCACAACAACCACACUAGCGCCAACUUCAACCACUGAUGCACCUACAACAACUACUACCACAACAACAACUACUGAAGAACCAACAACAACAACUACAACUGAAGAACCAACAACAACAACUACAACUGAAGAACCAACAACAACAACUACUGAAGAACCAAUAACAACAACAACAACCACUGAAGAACCAACAACAACCACCACUGAAGAGCCAACAACAACAACCACCACUAAAGAGCCAACAACAACGACAGACUCACCAGAUACAACUACUGUAGCCCAAACAACAACGGCACCAACCAGUACCGCCGCACCAUCGCCUGAUUGUGACUGCCAGGCCACAUUGCCCAACGGUUGUCCAGCUAAUUUCAGCGUCUUCCAGUUAUUGCCGCAUGAAACGAACUGCUCCAAGUUCUACUAUUGCUUACGUGGAGAAUUAGUUGAGAAAGAUUGUCCAUGCGGUACACAUUUCAAUGCAGAGUUGCAGGUGUGCGACUGGCCCGCAAGCGCUGGUUGUGACCCUAACGCUGAUACUGGCAAUUGCGGCGGUGAAAACGGCGAUGGUGAUGGCGAUGGCGAUGGCAGCGAUAACAUUGAAUUGUUGCCAAACGGUUGCCCCGCUGACUUUGAUAUCCACAAGCUGUUGCCUCACGAAAGUGACUGCAGUAAAUUCUUCUACUGCGUCCGUGGCGAAAAGGUUGAACGCUCGUGUCCUGAGGGCUUGCACUUCAAUCCAACAGUUGAGGUAUGCGACUGGCCUGAGGCCGCAGCAUGUGAAAAUGGCGGAGGAAGUGGCGAUGGAAACGGCAACAAGUGCGAAAAUAGCUGCAACGUAUCGCCUUGGCCUCACGAAAGGGACUGCGACAAGUUCUGGAGGUGUGACGGCGAAAAGCCCAUCUUAACUGUUUGCUCCGAAGGUUUACAUUUCAACGCCGAGACCUACACUUGCGAUUUUAUCUGUAACGCAAAUUGCCAGCGAAGCAACAUAGAGGCUACUUCCUUGAACACGGGGUUGAAGUUUUUCAUACCGUGGGAAAAGGUUGAUCGUAACUUGGUCGGUGAAUACCUUACCGACUACCAAAAUGUUGCCACAUAG